UAAAUGCCUGUUGCUGCACUGAUUGAAAAGUGCAUGGGUGGAACUGGAAUUUCAACAUCGGGACUAAUACACCUCAACCUGAAUAAAUCCAUGGCAAAAUACAAUUUCAUUUGGAGAUGUUUGGAAUGAACGCGAAUGAACGAAACUACAUCUCUGGGGGCGAUCAUUCAAUCAGGCAGGGCGAAAUGCAGAUAUCCAAAAGCCCUUUUAUCGCCACUGUCAAUGCAGUCACAUCGAGACAAGAGCUGCGCUGGAUAAUCGAACCAGUGAUGCCCAGUGAGAGUCUCCACCAGACCAGUGAACCAAGCUUCAAAAGAAACAUACAGCUCGCUCCAGAUGAAGAGGAAAAGAUAAGACGGAGAAGGGAGCGUAACAAAAUGGCUGCUGCCAAAUGCCGCAACCGCAGACGAGAACUUAUUGACCUUCUUCAGGAGGAGACUGAGCGCCUGCACAUGGAGCAGGUCGUGCUGCAGAGGCAGGUGAGCUGCUUGCAACAGGAGAAAGAGCAGCUGAAAAUGCUACUGGCAUCUCAUGCAUCCAUCUGCAGACUGGACAAACCUCAUUCCUCGGACACUUUUAUGUCAGGAGAGCCUCUACCAUCCAAAAUUUCCAUCACAAUAAAACAGGAACCUCUGGAUGACGUAAGUGGGUCGGGACAUUUGGCGCUCCAACUGACAGAGAAAGGCCCUGACUUGCAAUAAAUUCAAUGAAGAUGAUGACGCACCAGCGAUUUUUUAUUUAAUAUUUUUGUAAAUACCUCAUUACCACUAUGACAGAGAAAUUCUGUGUUCAGCAUACAACUUUGCCUGUGGUAAGAAACCCAUUGCAGAUGAAAGUGAAAUUGUUUCUGGUGCUCUUUUAGUUUUUCCUUGUUUACAUGUAGUGACCAUGUCUAUUAUAAUUAAGUUGGCUUAAGAAAGCCAACUUACUGAAAUGCUAUAUAAUAACUUACAGUUAUUAUUAUUCUUCUGAGACUAACAUUUCUGACUGUAUCUCCUCCUAGAGCUUUAACUUUUCAGACCGGUCUGACUCGAGAUGCUAUAUCUUUUCUAACUGAUUGGACUUACGAUUUUCCUAAAACUGACUAUUAAAACUGGGAAAAAUCCAGAAGACUUACACUGAUGGAAUGUUCAAAUGAGCCAAAACUAUUCUAUCUGUCUGUCUGUCUGUCUAUCUGUCUAUCUAUCACUAGCAAAACCUAGCAACUAGAGUCAUGCUAGUAACAUGCUAGUAACUGGUUAAUCAUGCUAGUAACAUGCUAGUAACUGGCUAAUCAUGCUAAUAACAUGCUAACAACAUGCUAAUCAUGUUAGAAACAUACUAGUAACAUGCUAGUAACUUGAUAAUCAUGCUAGUAACAUGCUAGUAACUGGCUAAUCAUGCUAAUAACAUGCUAACAACAUGCUAAUCAUGUUAGAAACAUGCUACCAACUUUGUUAAUCAUGCUACCAAUAUGUUAACAACUUGAUAAUCAUGUUAGAAACAUGCUAGUAACUGGCUAAUAUCAUGCUAACAUCAUGCUAACAACAUGUUAAUUAUGUUAAAAACCCGCAAGCAACUUGCUAAUAAUGCUAGAAACAUACUAGCAACAUGCUAAUUGUGUUAGAAACAUAUUAGCAACUUGCUAAUCAUGCUAGCAACUUUGCAAAUCAUGUUAGAAACAUGCUAGAAACAUGCUAACAACUUGCUAAUCAUGCUAGAAACAUGCGAGCAAUUUGCUAAUCAUGCUAGAAAAAUGCUAACAACUUGUUAAUCAUACUAGAAUCAUGCUAGAAACAUACUAGCAACCUGCUAAUCAUGCUAGAAACAUGCGAGCAACUUGCUAAUCAUGCUAGAAACAUGCUAACAACUUGUUAAUCAUACUAGAAUCAUGCUAGAAACACAUUAAUCAUACUAGAAUCAUGCUAGAAACAUACUAGCAACCUGCUAAUCAUGCUAGAAACAUGCUAGCAACUUGCUAAUCAUGAUAGAAACAUGCUAGCAACUUGCUAAACAUGUUAGAAACAUGCUACCAACUUUGCUAAUCAUGCUAGCAAUAUGUUAACAACUUGAUAAUCAUGUUAGAAACAUGCUAGUAACUGGCUAAUCAUGCUAAUAUCAUGCUAACAACAUGCUAAUUAUGUUAAAAACAUGCAAGCAACUUGCUAAUAAUGCUAGAAACAUACUAGCAACAUGCUAAUUGUGUUAGAAACAUAUUACCAACUUGCUAAUCAUGCUAGCAACUUUCCAAAUCAUGCUAGAAACAUGCUAACAACUUGCUAAUCAUGCUAGAAACAUGCGAGCAACUUGCUAAUCAUGCUAGAAACAUGCUAACAACUUGUUAAUCAUACUAGAAUCAUGCUAGAAACAUACUAGCAACCUGCUAAUCAUGCUAGAAACAUGCGAGCAACUUGCUAAUCAUGCUAGAAACAUGCUAACAACUUGUUAAUCAUACUAGAAUCAUGCUAGAAACACAUUAAUCAUACUAGAAUCAUGCUAGAAACAUACUAGCAACCUGUUAAUCAUGCUAGAAACAUGCUAACAACUUGCUAAUCAUACUAGAAUCAUGCUAGAAACAUACUAGCAACCUGUUAAUCAUGUUAGAAACAUGCUAGCAACUUGCUAAUCAUGUUAGAAACAUGCUAGCAGCUUACUAAUCAUGCUAGAAACAUGCUAGCAACAUGUUAACAACUUGUUAAUCAUGCAAGAAACAUGUUAGCAACAUGUUAACAACUUGCUAAUCAUGCAAGAAACAUGUUAGCAACUUGUUAAUCAUGUUAGAAACAUGGUACCAACUUUGUUAAUCAUGCUAGAAACAUGCCAGUAACUGGCUUAUCAUGCUAGAAACAUGCUAGCAACUUGCUAAUCAUGCUAGAAACAUGUUAGCAACAUGUUAACAACUUGCUAAUCAUGCAAGAAACAUGUUAGCAACUUGUUAAUCAUGUUAGAAACAUGGUACCAACUUUGUUAAUCAUGGUAGAAACAUGCUAUCAGCAUGCUAACAACUUGAUAAUCAUGCUAGAAACAUGCCAGUAACUGGCUAAUCAUGCUAGAAACAUGCUAGCAACUUUGCUAAUCAUGCUAGAAACAUGCUAGCAACUUGCUAAUCAUGCAUCUAUCUGACAGACUGCAUUCAGACUUUAACCUUUUAAAACUACUUUGAACUUCAAACUAUUUCAGACUGAAAACCAUCCAAACUUAAAACGUCUUAAACUUUUUAAACUUUUCAAACAUUCUGGUCCGGCUUUCUCAAGCCAACUUAAAGUAUGUCUUGACAAACUUUUUAAUCUAGUUGUCUUUGAAAUAGCAAUGAUAUUUUUACCAAUGAUUGUAAAUGACUGGUAUUUACAUUGUAACUCUAAAUGCACUGACAUGUUUAACAAAUACAUAAGAAGGGCUCAAAAAUAAGAAAAGAAUAGCCUGAUGUUGAACACAUUGAACAUUAUUGUGAAUUGUAAUUAGUCAAAUAAUUUACCAAGGUAAUGUUAUCUAGCUGGCUUUAAAGUUAAUGAUUUGUAAUCAGUUGAAAGCACCAGUUGGAAUGAUCUGAAAAUGAUAAACCAAAUCAGUAUUGUUUAAUACCACAAGUCAUAUUAUUUUCUAGCCAAAGUAUGUUUAUGAAUUUAUAACUGUCAUUUAAAAAAUAUGAAAUGUUUAGUAAAGAAUUAAUUAAAUGUGUUUAAACUUGUUUAACAGUUAAGUGAACUAUAAUUAUUUAUUACAUGUAUCACAUAUUUUUGUGUGUUGAGUAAAUGUUAUGUCAUUUUUAUGUGUGCUAUAAAUGGUUAUCAGCAAAUGAUAAAAUUUUCAGACUAUGUGUAACUUCAUGAUUAUAUAAAAGCAUUUUUGCUGCUAAAAAUGCAUACAAAUUACAUAAAAAAUAAAUGCAAUUCACCUUUUUAGUGUUUUUGAAGGGUUAAUUUUUACAGAAUAAAAAUUAGUUCAUUAUUUACUCACCCUCAUGUAUAUAUAUAUAAUUUAUUUAUUUAUUUUUUGCCUUCUUUUGCCUCCUUUUGUGAUUUGUUACAAAAACAUAAGGGUGAGUAAAUGAUGACACAAUAUCCAUUUUUGGGUGAACUAUCCCUUUAAGCUUGGACUUACAGGCAGCAAGAUACAACAAGCCAAAUAGG